AUGUCUGGUGAACCUAACGCUGCUUCUGACGUGUCGAAGGGCGAACUUUCCUCCGCCUCGAACUCCGUUAUCACCGUCGAUACCCUCGUCGCGAAAUGCCUCCAAGAGGCUACGCCGCAGUGGAAGCAUAUGCCUAAGCCUUCCACCGACUACUACUCCUACUCUUACCUCCACAGCGGGGGAUCGCAGAAGGUACAGCGUGUCAUCCGCAUCAUCGAUCUGGCUGUCAAAACCUCCAACGACGAACCGUCCAAAGUCGUUCUAGCCGAACUACUCAAGGAAACAGACGCGGACGCCCAAACCGAACUCCCGUACAAGUUCAAAAAUACUUACCAACCACUCCUCAAAGGGCUCAAAGACACGCUCAAGAAACACAACAUCGACCUCUCCACCCCUCCUUUCGGCAACGUCAUCCGCCAUCUCAUUCGACUCUAUCUAGGUUCCAUCCUAGGCUCCAAACCUGCAUCGGCGAACGUCAACCUCAGGAAGAUUGGGUGUGGGAAGUGCAAUGAGUGCACGCAGCUCGACGACUUUGUCGCCUCUGGGAAUUCCAGUACACAGUUCCAGAGUGUUCAGAAAAUUCAAACGCACAUCGAGUCGAGGUUGAAGACUGCGCCAGACUUGGUAUCGUACGAGACGCUCAAGGGCCGGUCUCCGCAUGUCUUGAAGGUGAAGAAGGGUCCGGCUGUGGUAGAGAUGGCGAAGUGGGAGGCGAAGGUCAAGGAGGCGAGGGAGUUUUUGGAGGACGUGGGGAGCAUGGAGGAUGUGAAGAUGCUGAUGGGUCAGCAGGAGUAUGGGAGGGUGGAGGAGGCGCUGAAGGGCGAGAAAGCGUUUGAUAAAGUGAUCACCUCUGCAAAAUCGCCAGUCAAAGUGGCGCGGGGAGUGAAGAGAAAGCAGCCUGAUGAGGCGUAG